AUGGCACUUUUAGCAAAUCAUUUGGAGCAAAUAACCCUGUCCUCAAAGUCGAUAGCAGGGCUCGAGUUCCUCCCUCCAAAGAUCUUCACUAAUGCGAUCUUGGGAGAUUAUGAGAUUACCACUUUAAUUCGUGACACUGAAUCCCAUGAGCGUGCCUUGUUUACCCUGGAUCCCCAUGCCGUCGGACGGAGUCGACGGAGCAAUGCGACACAGCAGCAUGCAAACUCUGCAGGCCUGAACGGCCUGUUUCCAACCGUACAGUCGACGAGACAGUCAGUAGUUACGAGAUUACUGGGUGAUGAUAUCCUGCAAGAAAUUAGACAAUCAAGCAAGAAACGUGAUGGAGUCAAUGUCGAGGUACUCCUCCAGGGCGCCGAAAGAUUGUGCGAGGUGUAUGCAGUUGGAGGGGCCCCUGAGAAGAUCAGAGCACUACGCAAUCGGUAUGAAGAUGUUGCGACUUCCAUUUCUACCUUGGAAGAGAAGGUUUCGCAGCAACAGGCCCUCUUGGAACGAAGAAACAGAAGCUUCGAGGUUGAGCACGAAGAGCUCGAAUCUGCUGAUCCGCAUACUGAUUACUCCAUGCCGUUGACAGAGCAGGACUUCCAGAAUGAGGAAGACGAGAUCAAAGAGCUCGAAGCGAGGAAGAAGGCAUUGGAAUACCGUGUCUCUGGCAUGGAACGAGAUCUUGGUGGACUCCUUCGCUGA